CUAAAAACUGAAAGCAGUUAGCAGACGAUAUAUAUUGAGCCCGCAUAACCAAUAUUUAUAGUUAAGAACUGGAACACCAUAGCAACUGUUUUUACAUUGAUCAGUUUUUAAUUUUUUAAGGCUAAUAAAUUUUUAGUGUUAUAUUACAAAAUGUCACGCACAUUGCCAAACCGAGAUGUUGGUCCCCUCAUUAAUUUACUUCGUGGAAUUCUCAGAGGUAGACCCUUAAAAGCCAAUCCUCUCAGAUUUACUGACAAACUAGCUGCUCGUACUCAACCACAACCAAAUCUACCUGGUGGACCUUAUGCUAAACUUACAGACAUUUAUUACUACACAAGAGAUGGUCGACGAGAAGUCCAGCCACCAGAAGUAGUUGAUAUAACUAAACAAUUACAGUCUAAAAAAGAACCUUCAGAAAAUAAACUUAUUACUCCUGGAAAAUUUUACAACCCAGAAUAAGGCAGAUUGUAAUUAAAAUAAAAUGAUUAUUAAAGUGUUGAUAAUUUAGGUAAAUUUUUAUUUAGUCAGUGUAAAUACUUAGUGUGGUACAAUGUUAUGUAAGAAAAGUUGAUCAAUUUUCUUUUCUUGGAAUAAAAACUAUUAGAUUUCAUUGCUGAUAGCUACUGGAAAAAUCAAUAAAGGUAGAUGUGAAUAGUU